AUGCAACUAUCCGGUGCCGGCCGACAGCAGUUCAUGGAAGAGCAUCGAGCAAGCUUCGACGCCGUGCAUCCGGUGAACGUCACGCGGCAAGAGGCGCACACGGCACUCCGCGGGAGAGGCAGGGGUCGCGAUUCCCAACACGUGAUGCGUCCGCCCGUGCUCGUGGUUCAGGAGCGCGAGCCAGUGCCACAGCCGGGAUCGGGGGACGAGCACUGGCCACACGAGUGGCAGCAAGCCAACCGCCGCGGCACGGGGCCGAUCCGCCGAGGCCGAAAGGCUCUAGCGCAGCCGACCGCCGUCGCGGGCUUACCUCGCCAAAGUCAGAGUUGGCCGUCGGCGAACGGCACUUUGUGGACAGUGCCAAGCGCGAACGCGAGCAUCGGUUCACAGGCAGCACGUUCGCCGACCUCAACGCCAGGUUCGCCCGCGCUUCAGCAGUCGGAAGGACGCCUUCCCGUGGGGGACAACGCUUUCGCCUCACUCUUGCCAUGCCAGCUGCCGCCCAGCUCCUGGCUAGGGGGACCUACGUAUCCAGCACCGACACCUCCUCCCGGACCGACACCUCCUCCCGUACCCUUCUGUAUAGCUGGUGACCAGCCCGUACAAACGGCAAACUGGAACAUUCCACUGUCUCUGCCUCGGGAGACGCCACCGAUCACAGCGGCGCCGUCGGGGAAGCAGCUCUACAGUUCACCCAAUGACUCGCUGCUUCCUCAGCCUUCACCGCGAAGCUCCGCGCCACUGACAGCGCGAGGACGGAAACGCGGCCGCCCGAGACGGCUCUCGCCACCAGCACAACCAGCACGAGCACCACAGGCCAGUGCUGGACCACCGGGAGGAGAGGAAGUGAAUGUGGCCCGCCCUGCAAGGCCAGCUGAACCGCCGCUUCGACCGCAGGAACUGACGCCAGCGCCACCGCGUGCUGAAUACCCAAUCUCGCCAAUGUCCUACCAUCUCCAUGAUGUCACCGAGCCCGACAACUUUACGGAAGCGGAACCUUUUAGCGAAGAAAUGUCUUUGCUUUUAGAUGAUGUUAUUGAGGUUUUGGGACGAGACCGUCAGCUGAGUGAUGCAUCUUUUCAGCAGUGAUUUCGGUGAUUGUGUCUGUUGCACGUGGUAGCCUCGCGGCUUCCAUCGAGCUCGUCCUGGUGUCGAUGGAUCUGCAAUUUGGAAAAGCAUCAGGCAGAACGCAUCUUUUAGGGGUGACUAUGUACAUUAAUGCGAUUAGCAUUCAAGGGAUGGUACCUAUGUAAUUCGGUGGUGGGAAAUUUAUUAUUGGAUGAGAUUUUAAUUAUUGUAAUUGUUGUGUAAUUGUGGGAAUGUAAGUUGUGUGUCCGGAAGCAUACCUUCGCACGUACCCAGUGACCCAAGUUG